AUGACUGAUUACGACCUAUUUAACAUUCAUGACUUAGACCCGAUCCCUGACUACUUCUCAUUUCAAGACACAAUCGACUCGUUUCAAGACCUCCCCAAAAAACGCCCUAUUGACCAACUAGAUGAAUCCAGUUUCCUUCCAGGAACCCUCGAAUAUAAAAAAGCUCGGAAAAAAAGGCAAAAUCGAGAAAGUGCUUCUAGAAGCCGAGCAAGGAAAAAGAUAGAACUGACAAGUUUGGACACGACCCUUUCGCAGAUUGCAGAAAUAAACCAAAAGUUGACGUUGGAAAACGCAGCUUUAAAAGCUGAAAAUGGCAUGCUGAAAAAGGAAUUGGAAUUUUACAAAGGGUUCGUAAAGAAUGAUGAACCAAAAAUGAAAGGAAAUAAAGCAAGCACAGGCUGGCUGGCCGUCAGUGUGGUUUUAUCGAUGAUAUGUAUGGUAUUGGUUACACAUGAGGAAGGAGGGCAGGCUGUUAAUAUGGGUGGGAGAAGUUUGAAAUCUAUGAAGCAGAAUAAGUUUUUGAACAAUGAGGAAAGCAAUUAUUCGAUGAUAAUGGUGGUUGUACUGGGGUUGGCGGCUGCAGCUUGUGCGUGGAAGUAUUUCCAUAAGUAA